GAGACGCUUCGCAGGAGCGAGCUACAUUAUAGAGAUUGUGUUUUUUCAUACUAUAGACCAGUUAAAACUACCGGUAAAUAGAAAGGUUGGUUUCUUUCGACAUUUGAAUGAGGCCAAUUGUACAAAAGCUGGUUAUAUGUUUCUGUUGACUUAAUUGCGAAAUUUAGCUAAGUUUCGUUGCCCUAGCUACACAAGUUUACUCUCUGGCUAACAGAGACGUUAGCAGAGACUCGACAGAACAAGGGGGAAAGCUCUAUGAAGUUAUUCAAAAGAGAAAGUAAUCGUCCGAUACGUGAAGUAUUUGGACAUUAUGUCAGAUGCUGAAGCAAAGGACGAGACUUUAGAAGUUAGGAGAGAAGAAACAGAGGCGGACAUACUCAAGAUGACUGGGCAGUCUCAAGUCUACACUGCAACCAGGGACACACUUUUCCCAAAGAAGAUAAAUCAUACUAGGACACAUGCAUUGUCACUAGAAUGGGUAUUUGGGAUGAAUCCUGCUCUUCCUGCCUUCAGUCUGCAAGAACACGAUCAGCUGGUGGUCCUCUAUGCUGGAGCUCAUGUUGGGGUCAUUUACAAUCACACCUCAAACUCCCAGCACAUACUUCAGGGUCACUGCCGCCCCAUCUCAUGUUUGUGUGUGAGUGAAGACAGACGCUGGAUUGCAACAGCAGACCAGGGGCCGAAAAGCACAGUGAUGACAUGGGACUCCUACACUGGCAUUCCUGUGCAAACAUUGUUUGAUUGCCACCCUGAGGGGGGUGUCAUUGCGAUGGCAUUUUCAAGCGACACAAAACACCUGGUAACCCUCGGGGCGGAGGAAGUUCAAUGUGUGUGCAUUUGGGAUUGGACAAAUGAUACAGAUAAGCCUUUGUGGUUUACUGAACUCAAUCCAGAACAUGAUUUCCAAAAUUACAUCAUUUUUAAUCCAAAUGAUAGCACUCAGCUGCUCAGCAGCAGUCAAAGCCAGGUGUUAUUUUACAGCAGGGCCCAGGGAAGUCUGGAAUACUCUGCCUUGAAGAUUAAGAAGUCUCCUCCGGACUCUUUUCAAACUGUCAACAUAGCUGACGGGUCAUUGAGCAAGUCUGUGUUUCACUGGAGAAAGCCUGAGAUCCUAACAGCAACAUCAGCAGGCAGUCUUGUGGUGUGGGAUGUGAUGGAAGACUUAGCUGCAAACCAAAGCCUCCCCAGAGAUAGAAUCAAGCUCAUAAACCUUCAGAACGAUCCGAUCACCACUCUCACUGUAACUGACAGCUGUAUCGUGACUGGUGACACUCUGGGCCACAUCAAGUUUUAUGAUGAAAAAUUCAUGCUUCUCACUUGGUACAGUGAAUUCAACCUGGAUGCUAUUGUUUCCAUUUCCUUUUCCAAAGAGUGUACAGAGGGAUACCUGGAGGACUGCACUCUGCAGGCAAAACCAUUAAUCAUCAGGAACUUUGUUGUGUCUACAGUCAGAUCCACAGUGGUACAUGUGAAUACACAGAAUGGCGUCCCUCAGAUCCUGCUACAUGAGGAUUGUGAGCCUAUACAUGCAGUGGCCUGCCACCCAAAGCAGCCAGUUGUGGCCAUGGGCAGUCAAAGGGGUGUUUUAAAAAUGUGGGACUAUAGCAACAAAGUGAUGAUCUGCAGCAGGGCCUUCGAGACACACAUUCAGUGUGUCACUUUUGACCCUCAAGGAUUAUACCUGGCAGUUGGCUUUGGCAGUGGAGCUGUUCACAUACUGAAUCCCAAUACUUUAAAAAGUGAUCCAGAGGAGUGUUUCCGUUACACGAAAGACAGUAUCCAUCACAUCACUUUCUCUACAGACUCAGAGUAUCUUGCCACUGCGGAUGCCGGAAAAGCUGUGACGGUAUUCCGCUUGCAGACUAAUAAAGGCUCUCUGCCUCGUUGGGCGUAUUUGGGCAGAUACCACUCCCACUACAAGCCCAUCAAAGACCUUCUUUUUGGGGUUCACCUGGACAGCACCCAACCCAGACUGCUCUCUCUGGGAAUGGACCACCAACUGGUGGAGUAUGAUCUGGAAAACAGUGACGUGAAUAAGCUUCUCAUCCUAAGCUCAGAGUGCAUUGAGCAAAGUGCUGUGCCAAUGGGCAUGACUUGGUAUCCUCCUCUCACGGCAGAGCAGUUUCUUCUCGUUGCCUCAGACCAAUACAAGAUGAAGCUUUUCAACAGCACUACCAAGAUGUGCAGAAAGACUGUCCUUGGCCCAACACAUGGCUCUCCCAUUAAGAAAACAAUGGUCCUUCCCAUGUCAAGAGAACCUGAAAAGAACUCAUAUUAUCUGGCAUACAUCACAGAGGACAAGGUGGGUCUCCAGAUUUUGCCUCUGGAUGGGAACCCCUACAAGUCCAACGCUCUGAUCUGCCAUCCAACGGGGGUGUCCACUUUUGCUUGCUCGUACGAUGGCCUAUUUGUUUUCACUGCAGGAGGGUCUGACUGCACUGUCCUGUCGUGGGAGAUAAGCCUAAAUGCAUUGGAGGCAGCAGCUGCCUUGGGAGGCAAGGACCUUGUGCCCUUUUACACUCUUUUAGAGGGAGGCAGAGAUGGAAAGUUCUACAGGGAGAUGGAGGACUUUUUCUAUUACUGCCAAGUCCGUCAUCAAGGCACUGACUCAAUGGAGAAACGACACUCGUCUACCAAAAUCCCCCUGUCAGAGGUUCCCUCUCUAAUGAGAGCUUUAGCCUACUUCCCUACUGAGCAAGAGAUAGAAGAUAUGCAUAAUGAGGUCAAGUUCAGCAAGUAUGCAGAAACAGGAAAAUAUGUGACCGACAUCGACCUGGAGGAGUUUAUCAAGCUGUAUGUCAACCACCGGCCAGCAUUCGGCAUCUCUAGCAAUGAACUUGUUCAAGCUUUUCACAUCCUUGGUGACUGUGAUAAUACAGGACAGCCUUUUCUGAAGAGACAUGAACUGCUAGAACUUCUACAGACUCGAGGAGAACAUAUGACAGAGGAAGAGGUGGCAGAGUGUUUCACUACACUGUUAGGCCUCAAUGAAGAGGAUGAAGAUAAAGCAGGAGGAAGAGGAGCGGAUUGCUCUGGGCAUGACAUUGAUAAAUCUGACAGUGGCGAUUCAGAAUAUUCACUUGAGUGUGCGAUCCCAGAUGAGAUAUCGAUAAAGACAUUUACAGGUCACAUCCUGGGCUUCCCAUCCUCAGAAGAGCAGCGUGGCAGGUCUUCCCCUCCAUAGUGAUGAAAGCAAGGAACUGUCUGUUAGUCUAAGAGAAGUUGUGUUGAUGACGAGCCCUUAAGGUUUCUUUCCAUAACAUGCCCUAACAGAAAUGCUGGAAUUUGCUUUAAUAAAAAAAUAUGAUGAAUAAAUAUCAAUAUUAAGUUA